AUGAUCCUCGAAACCACAAAAGCCCUCGUCUACAGCCUAGCACUCCUAUCACAUGACUUCCUCUCCCAGGUGGCCCUAGAUCUAAAGAAACACAUAGAACAGAGCAGUGACCAAUACCACUGCAAGCCCCCUACCACAGGACGGCGGGCGUUGUACUGGACGAAGAAAUCCGGGUUCGCUUUUGCGAGGCUCGGACUGUUGAUGUUGAUGUUUGUGUGGUUGGCCUUGAAUCUGGCUGGGGGGUUGUUUCUUCUAGCGUGGGAGAUGUUGAGGGAUUGGAUUACUUUGAUUCUGGUGGUGAAGUUGUUGUUUUGGGAGAGGUGGGAGUGGGAGGCAGUGAGGGAGAUGGUGAGGGAUUCGAUGAGGUGGGUUAUGGAUGGGGGCAAGGUUUGGGUUUAG